AUGAGUUUGGUGAUGGGGAGCAGCCCGUGCUCGAACGGCUCCCGGCGGGGGUACAGGUGGUGGACCGCGGUCGCGGACGACGGUGCGGGCGCCGAUUGGUGUUCCGAGGCGGUGGAGUCUGACAUUACGGCGGCGCUGCUUUGGAUCUGCGGUGGCGGAAAUGGAUUCCGAGAGAGAGAGAGUGUCCUCACCUUUGAGAUUCGGCGCUGCUGCUCCCUACUGCAAACCGCCGUCGAUCACCACUACAACUCCGUCGCCGCUCGCCGCUGCAACUCCGUCGCUGCUCGCCGCUGCCGUCUCCGACACACACGCACACCGUUCAAGCGUGCGAUACCCCAGCUCGCCUCUGAACCCACACACACAGAGACCGUCGCCUUCCUAAACAACCACCGUAUUCCUCCACCACAGGGCUCCAGGUGCGCCGCCGUCGGCUGA